UAAUUGAAAAAUUUGGUGAAAAGAUCAUUGGAAGAUCUAUAAUAUAUUGUGCAUUACCUAGAAUUUGUGAAAAACUCAAGACACAUGUUGCAAAUAAAAUUAACGAUUGUGAAGUGGAUCUAUUUCAUGGCAAUUUAACAGAAGAGGAGAAAAAUUUAAUGUUAUUAAUUUUUU